AUGGAGCGCGGUCUAGGCAACGAAGGCCUAGACUUAGAUAAAUUAGAAGAUCCUGGUGAAAAAUAUGAACUUCAAGAAAUUUUAGGAGCAGGAGUAAAUGCUAAAGUCUAUGCAGCUACUGACAAAAAUUCAGGGCACAAGGUUGCAAUCAAAGUCCAGAAAGUCACUAAUGAGAAUAAAUCAUCCGUCGAAGAAGAAUAUAAAAUCCUUCGAGAUCUUUCAAGCCAUCCCAAUCUUCCAGACUUCUACGGAGUAUACAAGCACUCGGAAGGAAAUAAAAAUUAUGUGUGGUUUGUAAUGGAGCUAUGUGAAGGUGGGCCCGUUAUCGAUUUGAUACGCGCUCUUCAUAGACAAGCCAAGAAAAUGAAUGAAUUGCACAUCGCUUUCAUACUGAAGGAAACAAUUAAGGCUAUUCAAAAACUACACGAGAAUCACGUAAUUCAUCGAGACAUAAAAGGUAGCAACAUACUUCUAACAAAAAAUGGAGAAGUGAAGCUGGUUGAUUUUGGAAUAUCCAAGGAACUAUCAAGCACUUUAGGAAGAUGCUUAACAUCAAUAGGUUCUCCAUCCUGGAUGGCACCUGAGGUUGUUGAAUGUAAAGGUAACAAAACAGCUUAUGACAACAGGGCAGAUGUAUGGGCACUUGGUAUAACAGCAAUUGAGUUAGGAGAUGGUAAAGCUCCAUUUCAGGACAUGCAUCCAACAAGUGCACUUUUCCAAAUCGUUAGGAACCCACCACCAACUCUCUAUAGGCCAGCAAACUGGACUCAAAACUACAAUGAUUUUAUAGCUGAGUGCCUUGAGAAAAAUCCUGAGCAUAGACCAUACUUGAUGGAGAUAAUGGAGCAUCCUUUCAUAACACAAUUACCAGAAAAUGACUUUCAUCUAAAUGCAGAACUCAAAUCAUUACUUGAAAAUGUAACAAGUGAAGACUUAGCCAACAGAUCAACAGAAAUCAGUAUUCGAAAAGGAUAUUUAAAGAAAGGGCCAAGCUUAGAUGAAGAACCAAUGUGUGUGGCAGACAUGGCAGCUCUAGAAAAAAUCACUGAAGAUAACAUUAUUGAACAGCUUGAAGCAAGAUAUAGAAAGAACGAUACCUACACAUUUAUUGGCGAUGUUUUACUUUUCCUUAAUCCUAACAAAUUAUUGGAUAUUUAUGGAUAUCAGUUCUACAGCAAAUAUAAAUUCAAGUCCAGAUCUGAUAAUGAGCCGCACAUAUUUUCAAUAGCAGACAGCGCUUAUCAAAAUAUGUUACAUCACAAUACUCCUCAGCAUAUUGUAAUCUCUGGAGAAAUCAUGUCUGGUAAAACACAGCAGUUUAAGCAUAUCAUCAAUCAUCUACUCUUUCUUGGCUGGAAUGGUAAGCAAAUAAGUGAUAAAAUAAAAAAAGCUGUUGAAGUAAUCCAAGCAUUUGGAAAUGCUGCUACACCACUUCAUGAUAAUUCUACAAGACAUGCCCUUUACACCCAAAUAACAUUUUCAAAUUCAGGCAAAAUCUCUGGAGCCAUAUUUUGGCUUUAUCAGUUGGAAAAGUGGAGAGUAACAGGAAACAGAUCUCCAUACCAUGCAAACUUCCACAUAUUUUAUUAUUUAUAUGAUGGCUUAUCUUCAGAAGGAAAUCUAGAAACAUAUAUGCUAGAAAGGGAAAAAUCUUACUGUUAUUUUAGAAGAGAAAUUUCUGAGGAAGAUGUGGAUCACAAAGCACCAUUAGGUCCACGAGACAGACCUGAAACAAAUGCAGCAUGCUUUAGGAAAUUAAAAGAAAGCCUUACUGCACUUCAGUUUGAGGAAUCAGAGCAGGAUCUCAUUUGGAAGAUUCUUGCAGCCAUAAUUUUAUUAGGAGAGAUUGAAUAUAAAGAAGAUGAAGACGGCAAUGCAGAUAUUAAAGAUGUCGAUGUUGUUGAUAAAGUGGCAUCCUUGUUAGAAAUUGAUGGCAAAAGAUUGACUUGGGCACUUUGUAAUUACUGUGUUAUUGAAAAAGACACAGCAGCAAGAAGAAAACAUUCUAUUUCAGAGGCCAUCGCAGCAAGAAAUGUUCUAGCACAAACAUUAUAUGCACGAGUAGUUGAUUGGAUCAUUAACUUGAUUAAUUACAAAAUGUCACUUUUAAGAGCUGUAUAUGGGGAUCACCAUUUCAUUGGAAUAUUGGAUAUAUUUGGUUUUGAGUGCUACGAUGAAAACGGACUUGAACAACUUUUUGUAAAUGCAUUGAAUGAACAACUUCAGUAUUAUUAUAACCAAAAAAUAUUUAUAUCUGAAAUAGAAGAAGAAGAGGAAGAAGAAAUACAACUAAAGAAGUUUCAAUUUUACAAUAAUAGGGAUACCAUGGAUGAACUAUUCAAUAAACCAAAUGGUUUAAUGCGUAUUUUAGAUGAAGCAAACAAACUCAAUAUGGAUUCAGAAUAUAUAAUAGAUGCUCUUGACAAAAAAAGUGAAGGAUCUCGCAUUCUCUCAUGUGGAGAGGAAGAAUUUUUUGUUGCUCAUUACACAGGAAAAGUGAGAUAUCAAACAACAACUAUGUGCACGAAGAAUAGAGACUUCCUACCGCCAGAACUAACAGAAAUUCUAAGAUGCUCAGCUAACAAUAACAUUAAACAGCUCUUCACUAACAAAUUAAAUAGAACAGGAAACCUUACAAUUAACACAUCUAACAUUAUAACCAGUAUGGGUGUUGUUAAGAAGAAAAGUUGGGGAUCAGCAUUACUAGCGGAUCCAAAUAGGACUGCAAGGCCUUAUAAUACAGCUUCAAAGGGAGAGUUUUCUCAAACAAGGGGUAUAAGAACUGCUGCAGCCAUUUUCAAAUCAACUUCUCUUGAAAUAUUGAAAUCUUUAGCAUCAGGUAGUUCCUAUUUUGUUCGUUGCAUCAGAACAGAUCUUCAGGGUACUCCUGGAGGUUUCCAGCAAGGUAUCAUUAGGCAACAGCUACGGGCCCUAUCAGUUAUUGAUACAGCGAAAGCUAGACAGUUGGGCUAUUCUCACAGGAUUACAUUUGCAGAAUGUUUGGACCGAUAUCAGUUUUUGGCUUUUGACUUUGAUGAAGAAGUUGAAAAAACAAGAGAUAACUGCCGCCUGUUAAUGAUUCGCUUGAAACUGGAAGGAUGGUAUUUAGGAAAUUCCAAAGUUUUCCUGAAAUAUUACAAUGAAGAAUAUUUAUCAAGAAUGUAUGAAACCCAAGUUAAGAAGAUAGUAAAGGUCCAGUCCAUGCUUCGAGCUUUCUUGGCAAAAAGAAAUGUAGCAAACAAAAAGUUGAAAUCAACACCUUCAAUCACUGAGUCUGCUAAUGAACUUAUUGCAAUGUCCGAUGAGCAAGCAGCAAUAAUCAUCCAAAAAAACAUCAAAGGUUAUGUAGCAAGGAAAAAGUAUGGUCCCUUGAUUAAUGUUUCAACAGGUAAACUAGAUGAUGAAACGGUAUUUUUUAUAAGGAGAUACUUCAAUCGCUGGAAGGCAAAAUCCAUUUUUCAAGUUUUAAUUCUGUAUAGAGCAGCAAAAUACCAAGAAUUUAUUUACUUUUGUCAGCAGGUACAUUUAUAUAAUCAGAAUGUGGUAAGCAGUUUACGAACAAUCAAACAAGAGAAAGUUCAAGUGAAAAAUAUAGACAUCAAAGGAGAUCAACAAAUAUAUAUAGGUGAAGAAACCCCUACUGUAUGGAAAAUACCUUUUAGGAUAAAGGAUUAUCCAUAUUGCGAGUCUUCACAUUUGCGAGACACAGUGGCUGUACCAAUUGGUAAUGAUGAGGAUUUACCUUGGGAUGAACCUUUCAAAACUUUAGACAAAGGAUGCCAAACGAAUUUUUCCAUUAAAGAAGAAGAAACAUUUCCUAAUUCAAAAAAGAAAAAUGAACGAUUUAAUAACUUUAUCUCAACUCCUUAUAAUAGGGAUCCAAAAACAGCUGAAAAGAAUUAUAAAGAACAAACUUACAAAUAUAUUGAAGAUCAAUAUGAAGAUGAAAAAUCUGAUUAUAAUACAAAGGAAGAACUUGAGGAAAAGGAAAAUGAUGAACAAGAUAACAAUGUAGUGAAAUGUAAAAGUCCUCAGCCUGAUAGUACAAUGUGUAAAAGUCCUCGGCAAAAAGGAAUGAAAAGUCCUCAUCGUAAUGAACCAAACUGCUUGAGCAUGAUAGAAGAAGAAGCCAAAACAUGUUCAGUUGUAAUGAAUGAAACAGCAACAACUAAUGGUGAUAUUCACCUACCAUUAAACAGAAGUUCUGAAAGCAAGAGCCCAUAUAGGGAAAAAUUAGAGAAGCAGAACCAGUUGAAAUUUAAUCCAAUAGCUGAAUUGGAGUUAAAAGGAAAACAAAUACCCAGAAAUGAUCCUUCAAAUGAUGACGAACCACCAUUUAAUUUCCAGGCGAUGUUGCGGAAAACAAACUAUAACCGAAAUUCAUUACGAAGAGAAACUACUACCAGUUUCAGUCCAAAAACGUCUAGUGUUAUCACUUCCAAUGGCUCAACAAUCACUUCAUCUCUACAUACUAUAGAAUCACCACUUUCCCAACAAAAGAAAUGUGUUUUAAUUAAUGAUCAUGCUACAGAUAAACCACAUUCUCUCUAUUCAUCUCCAGCAAAGACCCAAAGCAAUGAUAAAAAAUCUGCCUCACUUCAAUCAUCUGGUGUCAUUAGCUCUCCUCAUGAAUCACCAACUUUUCAAAAAUCAAGCAGAGCUUCACCCAUCAAGGAAAGUGCAAAUGUAGCUAGCUUACAAUCUCCUCAGAAAGCUGUCAAAUCACCAACUAAACAAACUGAAAACAAUUUAUCAGGCUCUAUAGCAACUACAUCAAAAAAUAGAGAUGCAAAUGAACAAUACAAUAAGAACCAUAACAAUAGUUUGGAAUCAAAUUACAGAACUGAAGCUCCAAAGGAGGCAAAGUCACGCAAUAAUAGCACAAAGAAAAGUAAAAACUUCUUACGGCAUGAUUCCUUUGAUAGUGUGAAAUUAUUAAUUGGUGUUGCAAAAGAUUUAGAAAAGGAAACAAAAGCAACAGCAAAUGGAAUUGAUGAAAGGGACAUGAAUAUUAAAACUGAAAUUUUACCUGGGUUAGUAGUAGUUGGAGGUCCUGCUACUGAUCUAUGA